UAUUCUGAUGAAGUCUAAGUAAACAUACCAUUAACAUCAGUAUAAAUUAUUGUUUGGGAACAAAAAUCCUAAACAACUAAAAAGAAAGAAUACAAAUAAACGAUUAAUGGUCACUAUCAGUCAAGCAAGUUGCCAAGUCGGUUACUUGUUCAAUUUUUAUUUUAUUUAUUUAUUUUAAUAAUAAUAAUAAUAAUAAUAAAAAGAAAUAAAAUCUGUAGAUUUCUGGGAGUUUUGGACUGGAAAGGAAAGGAAACGAAGCUCUGGAAUUUGAAACCCUUUCUUCGGUUGGUUUUCCAAAGCAGAAUUCAAGCUGAAAUCCAACUAACCAUGGGCUCCAUUCCACUUGCUGAUUCUCUAUCCAUGGCCAUGGCUACCGCUCACCUCACCACCAAACCUUCUUCUUCUUCUCCUUUCACUUCCCGUCUCCCAUAUCCCUUUCUAUCUCCUCUCGCUCCCCGGCUUCUUCCCUCCCUAUCCAACGCCACGUCUUCCGAUUUCCUCUUACGAUUCCGUAGGUCCUCCCUCGUCGCUGCUAACAGCACCUUGACAGCCAAUUCUGUACCGGCAAAAAGUGGAGUCUAUACUGUUGGUGAUUUUAUGACAACAAAAGAUGAUUUGCAUGUGGUGAAGCCUACAACCACUGUUGAUGAAGCAUUAGAAACUCUUGUGGAGAACAGAAUCACUGGUUUUCCUGUGAUUGAUGAGGAUUGGACGUUGGUUGGUCUUGUUUCUGAUUACGACUUGCUAGCACUGGACUCUAUCUUCGGUGGUGGACGACAGGACACGGGUAUGUUCCCUGAAGUAGACAGCACUUGGAAAACUUUUAACGAGGUGCAGAACUUGCUCAGUAAAACUAAUGGCAAGGUGGUUGGCGACGUGAUGACCCCAGCUCCUGUUGUUGUUCGCGAGACCACUAACCUUGAGGAUGCUGCUAGAUUACUACUCGAAACGAAAUACCGUCGACUUCCAGUUGUAGAUGCUGAUGGAAAACUGGUUGGGAUUAUUACAAGAGGGAACGUAGUAAGAGCUGCUCUUCAAAUGAAACGUGCCAUUGAAAAAGAAUAGUAGGGACAUGGAGAGAUUGUUAGUAGAGAUUCCAAGUAAGAAGCUCUUCAAAGUGCUUUAUUCUAGAAGAGGUUGGCUGCUUUAUGAUAUGUACAAUUUUGGUCUAUGUCUGUAUAAAAACGUCAGCAACAUUUUUCUCAACAUUAAUGAUACAACUGUUGAAUUCCAAGUUAAAUGGACCCAUGCUUGUCAACCCCCACCACUCCUUGGAGGUGAAAGAAAGAAAGAAAUAAGAGGAAUAAAAAACUAUGAAUUAUGUGUCAUAUUAUUGUUAUAAUUAUUAUUAUUAGACUUAGCUACAUUGUAAUAUCAUGCUACUAUAUAUACUUUUAUAAUAUCUCAAUUGCUCAGAAAAA